AUGACAAGCAGCCGCACACAGUCAGUGCGAGAGAAAGCUUCUUUGGGUACAUACCCCAGGCCCUCAGCCCGCACCUCUCAAGUGGACAGGAGCGCAGAGGCCAGCCAGGCCCUGAGGCAGGAACAGGGUACCAGGCCCAGCCCAGUAAGGGCAGUGUUACCAAAGAGACAGGAUGAACAGAGAACUCUGGCAGAGAAGGUGACCACUGUGAGGCCUGAAUUAAGGAAGCAUCAGAUCAAGGCAGAAACCAAGGCAAAGAUGCUCUCUCCAGAAAGUCAGGGCAAAAUACUGACCACAGGAGUGUUGUUAACAAGGCUGAGAAAGAGACCCAAGACCACAGAAGCUGCCUCAGCCAAGGAGAAGGCAGCCCAGGCCACUCCACCCCCUACCCCUUUCCCACAUCCCAUCACACAAAGAAGCCAAAGCCUGAAGGCCUCCAACUUCAAGUCUGAACCUCGGUGGGAUUUUGAAGAAAAAUAUAGCUUGGAUGUGGGAGGCCUGCAGACGACCUGCCCCGACUCUGUGAAGGUCAGAGCCUCCAAGUCACCAUGGCUCCAGAAUGUCUUUCUGCCCAACCUCACUCUCUUCCUAGACUCCAGACACUUUACCCAGAGAGAGUGGGACCGUCUGGAGCACUUCGCUCCACCCUUUGGCUUCAUGGAGCUCAAUCAGUCCUUGGUGCAGAAGGUUGUGACCCGCUUCCCUCCGGUGCCCCAACAGCAGCUGCUCUUGGCUGGCCUCGCCCCUGUGGACUCUGGGUGUAUCACCUGUGCUGUGGUGGGCAAUGGAGGCAUCCUGAACAACUCGCACAUGGGCCAGGAGAUAGAUAGCCAUGAUUAUGUGUUCAGAUUGAGUGGAGCUGUCAUUAAAGGCUAUGAACAGGAUGUGGGGACCCGGACAUCCUUCUACGGCUUUACUGCCUUCUCCCUGGUCCAGUCCAUCCUCACACUGGGUAGCCGGGGUUUCCAGCAUGUACCUCUGGGGAAGGAUGUCUACUACCUACACUUUCUGGAAGGCACCCGGGACUAUGAGUGGCUGGAAGCAAUGUUUUUGAAUCAGACUCUGGCGAAAACCAAACUUUCCUGGUUCAGGCACAGACCCCAGGAAGCUUUUCGGGAAGCCUUGAACUUGGACAGGUACUUGUUGCUGCACCCAGACUUUCUCCGGUACAUGAAGAACAGGUUUCUGAGGUCAAAGACCCUGGACACUAUCCACUGGAGAAUAUACCGUCCCACCACAGGUGCUCUCCUGCUGCUCACUGCCCUUCAUCUCUGUGACAAGGUGAGCGCCUAUGGCUUCAUCACCGAGGGCCACGAGCGCUUUUCUGAUCACUACUAUGAUAAAUCAUGGAAAAAGUUGAUCUUUUAUAUAAACCAUGACUUCAAGUUAGAGAGAACAGUCUGGAAGCGCCUGCAUGAUGAAGGCAUCAUAUGGCUGUACCAGCGUCCACAAGCUACAGAAGCCAAGAAUUGAUGGGCGCCUGGGCUGC